AUAAUGGUAUCAUGACACGCAGCCAUUUUGCAUUUUAACUAAUCAAUUUCAGCCUCUUAAGCCCGCGGCACCUUCUGAGAGAGCGAUCACUUAAAUUUCAAUUGCACAUUUCCAACCCAAAAAAGUAUCUAAUUUUAUUUCUGCUUUGAAAACAUCCCUUUAUCAAUAAACUGAAAAGCGCCGUCGGAGAAAGAGCAUUUUUGGAGUGAAAAAGGAAGCAAAUUGAGCCGAAACUAUUAAUAAUAGCUCAAAAUUGUCUACAUAUCAAAUAUAAUUAGUUUUUUGGAUCUGGAUCUGAAGCCAACUUAUAGUAAUAUCCUUGAACUCUGGUUUCCUGAUUCUAGCUGAAAUGUCAGCAAUGCCAAACGCUAUCCAGAAGACCGGAUCAGUGAGUAGUUUCGGGACGGCGACAUCGCAGACCUUCUUGUUGCCUCCUGGAACUGAGAGCAAUUCAGAAAGCCACUCACGCAAUCAAUCGAUAGACAACUCAGGAAAACCUGACGAAUCGCUGACACCGCCGCCCAACGAAGGGUCCAAACCCCAGUCGACUCUGGCUCCAGCUACACCAAACUCCGCGGCUGCACUUGCCUCGGGAAAGAAGAAGUGGAACAAAGUGAAAUUAGGAAUCAAGUUCACCGCCAAACUAAAACCAAAAAUCGAAAACGAGGCUAAAAUUGUUCCAGACAUAGAAUACUUACUAGUCUCUUUUCUCCCUCACUCGCUUUGCUUCAAGGAAAUAUUUCAAACUCUCUCUCGCUUCGUCGAAAUUGAUAAGAACACGACAAGCAGUGACGACAACAAUCCUUAUAGUAUGGUUGAGAUCGUUCGGCGACUUCCGAAUCUGAAGAACGACAAAACAGCCGAAGGUACAAAAUUAGAACGAGGCAGUGUGAUAGUCGACCUCAAUCGACCGCUGAUUGGGGGAAAGAAGCCAGAUGUCAAUCCGGAAACAGGGGAAAAGGGGGAGGAGGAUAAGACUGUUUUGGUGUCUCUGGCCUUCAGCACUGACCCCAUGUACUCGCCAUUGUGCGAGUCGAAAAAGGAACCAACGAAUUUCAGUGAGGCGGAACUGAAUCACUUCGGGACGUUUGAUCGCAUCUUCUCCUUGAAUCCGAAGGUAUUAGUCAUGCGACAAAGGUGUCUCUCCGACCAACCAUUCGAGGCGAAAGCGUGGGUGAAAAACUUCAAGUGGGCGUUCCCUCAAAGACCGGAGGACACAUUUGUCAAAGUGGACAAGGAGGACAUGAGCUACCUGAACAACUUUGUGGCCCAGUGUCUCCACCAGGACAUCAAACGAAGAGUGGCCGGACGCAGUCCAGUGGCCGCCAAGGUCAUACAGAUACAACCUAAGGGCGACUGGCGUCUCGCUCACUUUGACACCAUGUAGAAUUCCAUGAACAGCAAAUACAAAGUAUUUUCUAAAACCCCAAUAUAUAGUUUAUAGAAAAAGUAGUUUAUAGUAUGAGUCGACUUACCGUGCUUGCGAUUUCAGAAAUAACUCAUGGUUCUGCUCCUCGUAUUUUUGAAUCAAUUUAUAAAAAAAAUGUUUGAUGUCUACCAUUCAAUUUCAAAGUUCA